AUUGGCCAUGAAGACAGCGCCGUGGAUCAUCGCUGGCCUCCUCGGUGUCGUGGCCGCGGCGACCACCAAAGCGCCCGUGCCGACGCUCGACCGCUUCAACGGCGUCUGCUCGAGCGACGAAGAGUGCGCCAAGUUCCCGGGCACCGUCUGCGUCUUUAUUCUCUCGGGUGACUACUCGCAGGGCAAGUGCACGCCCAACUACGGCAAGCGCCCGGUCUGCCGAGGCGGCCAAGCCGGCCUCUGCCCGUCGUACCAGGACCCGUCGUCCGGGUACCUCAACACGCAGUGCGUGCUCAUUGACAAGGCGAUGCAGCCAGCGACCGACACCGACGCGAUUGUGCCCGUGGCAACCAAGAAUGGGUCGACGCCGGCGACCGUGCGCUUUCUGCUCGUAGCCGCCAACGAAACAACGGAACCGCCCAUGGCGUCGGUAAGCGCAUCGGGCUCGGGCGAUGGCACGGUCGUUCGCACACCCGUGAAGGACCAGCCGUGCCCGACGAACCCGAGCCUGUCGCUGGCCGAUCCCAAGUGCUGGUUCACAACCAGCUACCAAAACACGACGCUCACCGUCCAGUACAAGUGCGUCGACUACGACAUGUGUCUGACACAGUCGGCGUACUCGCAAGAGUCGCAGAAGGUCAAGGAGGCCUACUGUCGUCCGCAGGGCUGUGUCACUGGCGACAAGAGCCUCUGCAACAACCGGGGGACGUGCCAGGCCAACUCGGCCAUCGACGUCAUGCUGCCGCGCAAGUACGCGUGCCGCUGCUACGCAGGCUUUACAGGCACGCAGUGCGAAAAGUCGGAUGGCACCGCCGACUGCGACGUCGACUGCGGCCAAGGCGGCGCGUGCAUCGACAACAAGUGCUCGUGCUACAAGGGCUACGUCGGCAAGAACAUCCGCUGCGACAAAUGCACGUCCAACGACGCCUGCGAGAACAACAACACGUGCACGAUCGACACGGGCAAGUGCGACUGCAAGAACGGCUUCAACGGCCCGACGUGCGGCGGGAAGCUCGACAUCUGCGCCGGCGUCACGUGCUCGGGCGGCGGCUAUACGAGUGGCGCAUCCGGCAAGACGUGCACGUGCUUUUGCCCCAAGUGCCCGGCUGGUACGACCUGCACACCCUGCGGCGGUGCCAAUGGCCGCGACUGCUCGACGUGCCCGGCGUCCACACGGCUCAGCGCGGGCAGCCCGAUCCACCUCGCUGGACUCGUCGCGGCUUUUGCUGCUUGUAUUGGGGCGCUGUUGUAA